AUGGAUGAAAUUGAUACUGAACUUUUGAUAACCUUGGUGGAAGUAAGACCUGUUCUGUGGGACAAAACUCUAGAUGCGUAUAGAGAUCGUAUUGCUACAAAGAAUGCUUGGCGGGAAGUUUGCGUAGCACUGAAGCAAGAUUUUGAUGAGAUGGAAGACAAAGAUAAAAAUGCGUUUGGUAUAGAAGUAAUACGGAGGUGGACCAAUCUACGAGACUCCUUUGUGAAGUCAAACAUAAAAAUUCAAGCUGCGAAAAAAAGUGGCUCAGCAGCAAAGAAAAUGAAAAAGUAUGUAUAUUCUGAUCAGCUGCAGUUUCUAAAAAAGCUGUAUGAUGCUCGAGAGACGGAGGACAGUUUUCAAUCGGAACGCACCGCCAGACUGGAAGAAGAUAUAGAAACGCAGGGCUCCGUCGAAAAUACUGAGAAUGUUUCUGGGCCAUUUGAUACAGCACCCACACAACAAACAUCCAAAAGCGAGUGCCAUACAAACAGAAAACAUAGAAAACCUGAUGCAAUCGAAAUGAAAAUAUUACGAGCUCUGGAAGAAGACAAACCUUGCAGCAAAAUGUCAUUUUUACUUAGUCUGAAGCCUCAUCUGGAAAAAUUUGAUGAACAGGAUUAUCUUCAGUUUCAGAUGGGAGUCCUCAAAGUUAUAGAAAAUAUAUAUGAAAGGAGAAAUAUAUUGACAGCUCAACCUCCUCCAUUUACCCAUUACACACCUCCCAUGCCCUAUAAUAAUAGAUUUCAAGCUUAUUCUUAUUCACCUAUGGAAAAUGCUGCUCCAAUAUCCUCUUACCAUACGCAUCAGAUUCGUCCUCCUCCAGCUGCACCAAACCCAACUACUUUUCUCGAACAACCAUUACAGACUUCUCAAGGUCGCAGUUCUUAUCAACGAAUUAAUAAAGUGCCACCACCAUACCCUUCGCCUUCCACAAGUAGCCAUGAAGGCCCACCAUCAACAACGCAGUUCUACAACGUUUUUGCAGAGAGCCUGUCGCCACAAAGUGACAGUACAGUCAGUCCUGCUACAAACUCUUUGGUUUCAACUGCUGAUAUUGAUAUUGACUUUUCUACUUCAUAA